AAUUGACGUGGAAGAAAACUUGGAGUUCAUGAAUGACAACGAUUCGGUAAACCAUUAUUUGCAAAGCAAUGAUUUGAAGCUCUGGCCGCUGUUAAGCAUCUUGCGUACGGAUUUUCUCUUACAAAUUGACCUAGUCAUGUGGUAUGGAUGUAAUAACAAACCUGUGAAUUGGAAAGCGGUUUUAAUUGUAACGGCAAAUAAGAACGUUUACGGUGUGGGCAGUAGAAACGGCCAGUUCAUAUUAAACAAUACAAUUAGUACUCUACAGCCUCAAAAACUAGAAAAUCUGUGUCAACAAAAAUAUCAAAACCAUAACAGGCACUGCUGGAAGCUACUUCGUACUGACUGAAGAAGGAAAGGUAUAUUCCUGGGGUGACAAUCAAUUUAACACGUUGGGAUAUGAUACAUCCCGUCUACUCCCCAAUACACUCGAUGAAAUGGUUGAUAUAAAUGAUGCAUGGUUGACAAUGACAGUGAACUACCCUCUUGAAGUGACUGCAUUAUCAGGCAAACGCGUAGUGGACAUUAAAUGCGGUUGUUAUCAUGUUCUCGUGCUUACCGACGAUAAAAAGGUGUAUAGUUGGGGAAGAAAUAAUAGAGGACAAGUUGGUCAUGCUGAUCUUGAAACGGUUUCAAUACCGACGGAAGUCAUAAUUGAGGAUGAGUUGGGUAAAAAGGACAUUCAAGGCAUUUCUUGCGGCCUUGUUUUCAAUAUGGCUGUUACUUACGACGGCGAACUUUACGGUUGGGGCGAAAAUACGUAUGGUCAGCUUGGACUUGGAAUUAAUGGCGCCAUGAUGCAUUUGAAACCUAUGAAAAUCAUGAUAGAUGUUCCAAUAGCGAAAGUAGAAUGCGGAACUGAUCACACGUUGGCGCUUUCUUGGGAAGGUUUGCUCUAUGUCUGGGGUAAAAAUCACCAUGGACAAUUGGGCAUCGGGAACUGUGUAAACUAUGUAUUUUAUCCCACUCCGAUAGACACAAGAGGAAUGGGGAAGAUAACGAAUAUCGCCGCUCGAUUCGAUUGCUCGAGAAGUCUGGCAAUUAAUAAAGACGAACGCAUCUACUUCUGGGGUGCAUAUAAAGGCAAAAAUUAUUUCAACCCAUCUGAUGUUAACCUUAACAACAUAGAAGUCGCGUUCAUAGGUUCCAGAAGUUUUAUGAAGAUGUACUAUCCUUGCACAAACCUGAUCAAACUGCAGAAACUGUCACAUGUCAUGUCCCCAGCAUAUUUGGAAACUGCAUUCAACAAUUCCGCAUCCGCCGAUAUUGAGUUAAUUGUGGAUCUACACUCUUUGUACAUUCAUAAGAUUGUUAUAAUGCUUCGCUGUAAGGAAAUGUAUGCACAAUUUUUCCCGUAUGACACAAACAAUGUCAUCAUCCGAGAUGAUUUCUCUGCUGCUUCAUAUAAAUCCUUCUUAAAAUAUUUAUACACUGGUGUAAUUGACCUAUCUUAUGAGUAUCCAUUAGAGCUGUACGAGUUAGCUACUUUUUACCAACAUCUAAUCUUUAGGGAAAAUUGUAUGAUAAUAAUACAAGAAAGGAUUAACAUAUCAAAUGUUAUGCAUUUUUAUAAAGAGGCGAUAUCACUGGAAAUAAAGAAUUUAGAGGAGUUCUGCUUCACGUAUGCCAUAAAUAAUCUGACGGCUGUGGUGAAGACAGAAGGUUAUGCUAAAUUAUCAGAAGAGGUACAGAUUAAUUUUAUAAUACAAGCGGCCAAUGCCUGCGCUUUUAAACAUUAAUUUGUUUGCCUAGGUAUUUAUUGGUCUAUACAUUUAUUAACAUAUACUAAUAGCAAUCUGAUAAAUUGAUAAAAAAUUAGUAUAAAUAAGUUGUACUUGUUU